AUGUACAUGGCAAGGAACGACGUAAAUGCACCAGUCAUAUUGGCUUCUUUCAAGACACGCAUCCAGGAUCUGCUCUCUUCCAGUCCUCCCACAACCCCCCUAGAGGCCCUGGCCCACACCCAGGCCUUGCUUCUCUACCAGAUAAUGCGCCUUUUCGAUGGGGACAUUCAGGCCCGGGCUUCUGCAGAACCCCUCAUCUCGACGUUAGAAUCAUCGGCCCUCUCGCUCCUCCAGUAUAUUCACUUCCCGGACCCCCUGCAACCGGAGGUCACCUUUCCUGGCUCCAUCGAGCCAGUCAUGGAUUUCUGGGCCUCAUGGGUCUUCCAAGAGUCCGCACGGCGCACGGUCCUAGUCACGUUCUACUUCAUUCAGAUCCACCGACUUCUUCACGACGACCCGAAUAUGCAGUGUGACGGCCGACUAGGUCUCGUUCAUUCCUGGUACUUCUCGGCGGAGCUGUGGCACGCCCAGAGCGCAUUCGACUUUGCGGUGGCCUGGACUGAAAAAGAGCAUUUCGUGGUCUAUAACGCCAAUUUCUCGGACGUGUUGCAACGGGCGCGACCUACGGAUGUGGACCUGUUCGGGCGAAUGCUGUUGAGUGCGGUCUUGGGAAUCGACGAGAUACGCGCCUGGUUUUACUCAAGAGGGGCGAUUCUUUAG